AUGGCUGCGACAGGGAACUACGACUGGUGGAUAGGGGGAGGGAAAAAGGAGAGAACCAGCAGGGGUACGGCAAUCGUAAUCAGGAAGUACCGAGGCAUUGAAGUGGAAAAAUUUGAAGAAAAAAGCGAGAGCAUAUCCAUGGCCCAAAUCAAGACAAGAAUAGGAAGACUAACAAUCAUAGGAUGCCACAUCCCCUCGGACAAAAGAAGGCAGGCGGAACUUAGAAAGCUAAGUGAAGCAAUAGAACAAAAGUGCGGAAAGAACCCGGGUAUCAUACUAGGCGACUUCAAUGCGCAACUAGGCAAACUGGAUGGAAGUGAAGACGAGGAACACGGUAUAGGCAAAGCUAUCAAGCACGAGCAUGACAAUGGGAACGGCAGCGAGCUUAGGAACAUGCCAUAG